AUGGAGCCCAAGGUGUCGAGCGUCAACCAUGCCGCGCUCGUGAACGGCUACUACAUGGGGCGCCUGUGCUUGCGAGAGGACUCGCUGCAAAUUCCAGCCACUGCGUUCAUUCGACCGUCCAUCGCCCAAGCUCCGGGGACGCUGUCAGCAGCUGCAGCGCGUCGCCACCGCAAGCGCGAGACCGCGGCUCGACGGAGAUCGGAGCGACUGGGGGAGCUCACAGCACAGGGCAAGUUCGUGCCACUCAGCGACCAAGUCCGGGAUGCGCUGCAAAAUGCGUUUGAGCGUUUUGGAGGUCCACGAUUCGUACUCCGAGACUUCCUCCCAGCGUUCCAAGACCCCAGUGACGACAUCCAGAAGGUAUUGGGUUCGUUGCCCGUACUGUCGGAUACAGAAGCUCUCGACGACGGCGACCUGCACUGUAACGACACGGAUCAAGUUCGAGUAUCUAUUAGCGUCUCCCGUGCGAAGCGCUACGACAUGUUCGACCACACGGAGCUGCUCAAGAUUGAUGUCCCUCAUCUCGCAGACUCGGACGAGUGCAUCCUAGCGGUGUGGGUCACGAACCGGCCGCGCUACAUGGCUUAUCUCCGUGAGCAGGCGCUGCCUGCGUGGGGCUUCACGUAUCAUGCGAGCUGGGACUGGCUGAAGCUGAGCAAGAAACGACUAGGCGAGCACAAAUAUUUUUAA